GCGGGGCUUGGGGACAAAUGAUAUUCUGAAGGAAGACGACGCUUUGAUUACAAACAGACUUAUCGAACGCAUUUAGGGUGUCAGCCAUGCCCGUCCGCCGUAAAGCCGGGACUCCGCCCCAGGACACACCCCCUACGGACGUGACCGAAGGAGACCCUGCUGCUGCUGCUGAGGAAACGGCCCCUUUGGAGGAGGAGCCGGAGUCCCCGCCUGCCCCCCAAGCCCCCCCGGCAGACGGGGCAGAGGUGGAAGGGGGGUUGGAGGAGGCGGGGGGUGCAGAGGCCGUAGAAGUGGACAAGGAGGGUGAGAGCAUGGAGACCAGCAAGGCAGACCAGCCGGAAAAAGGGGCAGAAGAGGAGAAGACACCUGAGGAGGGGGCAGAAGGCGAGAAAAAAGAAGAGAAGGAUGCUGGGAAGGAGGAGAAGGAGAAGGUGAAAAAGGUGAAGAGGACUAUUCCGGCCUGGGCCAGCGUGGCGGCCAGCAAGCGCGGCAGGAACCAGAAGGGCAGCACGUUCCUGCACAGCCAGCCCAAGCUGGACGACAUCCUCGUGGAGGCCAUCCAGGCCAGCAAAGAGCGGUCCGGAGCCUCUGCCUACGCCAUCAUGAAAUACAUCACCAGGAAGUACGCCUCACUGGAGCUCGACAGGAGAAAGUUCCUCAUCAGAAAGGCCCUCAAGAGAUUGGUGGAGAAGGGCGUCGUCAAACAGCUUAAAGGGAAAGGUUUCUCAGGGAGCUUCGCCAUUGGCAAACUGCCCCCAAAGCCCAGCAUCGAGAAGCCGGUGGUGGCCCCAGGUGUGAAGGCGGAGACUCUGGGGGACACCCUGCCGCUGAUCAUCACCCGCCUGUGCGAGCCCAAAGAGGCAUCCUACGUCCUCAUCAAGAAGUACCUGGAGAAGCACUUCCCCAAGCUCAACGUGGAGCACAGGCCAGAGGUGCUGAAGAGUGCCCUGCAGAAGGCUGUGGAAAAGGGCCAUCUGGAGCAGAUCACUGGGAAAGGAGCUUCUGGAACAUUUCAGCUGAAGCGGUCUGGGGACAAGCCCCUCCUUAAGGGUGGAGCCUUGGAGAACGCCAUCCUGACCGCCAUCACCGCCAUGAACGAGCCCAAAUCCUGCAGCACUGCCCUACUGCGCAAGUUCCUGAUGGAGACAAACAAGGACAGCAAGGCCUACAUGCUGGUGAGUAACCUGAAGAGGACCCUGAAGAGGGGUAAGAUGAUGGGCUGGAUAGAGCAGGUUACAGGAAGCGGUCUGAACGGGACCUACCAGCUUUGCUAUCCCUACUACCCCAGCCCAGCCAUCCUGUUCCCAGAGAAGCAGAGCCAGGAGUCCGAGGAAGAGGAUGAGGAGGAGGAAUCGGACGAUGAAUCCGAAGAGGAGCCUCCGCCCCGGAAAAGGAGUGUGCAGCAGAAGAGGCCUGUGUCCAGAGUACGCCACCCUCCUUCUGCCAGGACAGCCAAGGGAAAAAGACCCACCCCUGCGAAGAGACCAGCGCCCCCAGCCAAGAAAGCUGCACCCCCAGCUAAGAAAGCUGCUCCUCCACCCAAAAAAGCCGCACCCCCUGCCAGAAAAGUGGCGCCGCCAGCCAAAAAAGCCACACCCCCAGCCAGAAAGGUGGUGCCCCCAGCCAAAAAAGCCACACCCCCAGCCAGGAAAGUGUUGCCCCCAGCCAAAAAACCCAAAGCUGCCCUGUCCAGGAAAUCACCCCUGCCGCAUAAAGCCACGCCCACAAAGAAGGCCGCUCCUGCAAGCAAGCCCAAAACGCCGGUGGCAAAGAAGCUGACGAGUCGGGUGCCCAAAAAAUCGUCUUCCACAAAGACAGCCUCCAGAUCGCCAGUGAAGGCCAAACCAGCCGCACGCACUUCCCUCAGGUCAAAGAAAUGAGCCUCACUGCCCAGAGGUGAAAGGUCAGCUGUGGCUUGUGGCUUGUGGCUCUGGACUGUAGCGCUUACCUGCCUCUCCAGUCUCCUCUCCUGUGUACCCCGGGUUUUCCCUUCAUUCAGGCUUUAGCGUUAACUGGGUGAAGAGUUGGGAUGAGACAACACCAACCCUUCCUUUUUUUUUCCUUUAUUUCAUACCACCAGUUACUUACUAAAACAGAAUAGCAGGGUGGGUAUUCAGCAUUAAAUAAGAUGACACCAUUCUAAGUAAGCUUCUUUUUUGGAAUCAUAGGCUUGUUUUAGAUACUUUUAGUUGGUUUAUAAAGUAGAAAGGUGUUAGGAUCUCUAUGGAUAAGGUCUUUAUUUUUUUGAAGUAGGAAUUUUUACCACUGCUUUUUCCCCUCGCUCUGUGUGCGUAGACAAUGCUGUUUGCUUAACCUGAAAGGCUAGACAGUGCGUCACCAGUGAAGGCUCGGUCUGAGGAUUCUGAGAUGUGUGUUUCACACGACUCCUUCAGUCAUGACACCGGCUAGCCUUAGUCGUUUGUUUGUAAUACUUUAUUGUAAAAGCAACUAGGGGAUUUCACACAUUUGCCCUGGUUCUGUGGAUGUUUCAAGGGUGUGUGUGUUGAUGCAUCUGGCAACACCGAGUUGAAGACAACGCUACACUGGCUUCUGUAAAAUAAAUGUCGCCUGUAAGGUGAUUUUCUGGUUUGGAAUUUUUUACAUACCUAACCCCCUGAUAAGGAGCCCGAGGGUUGAAAAGUGGCUACAGAGUCCACAUUCCUGCUAGCCCAGGCCGCACGGUGGAGAUUUUAUUUGGGGUUUUUUGUAUUGCUUUGUAAUUGAUUCCAAAGGGCAGACUUGGUGCCAGAGGCCACGUGUGGGCUUGCCUGGGUGGGACAGCCUCUUGUUAGAUGAUGUACACAAGUCUUUUUUUGUUUUUCCUCUUUUGUACAUCUUUUGUUUGAAAUAGAUUCUCAUUCCAGACUGUAUUAGUGUGAACAAGCUAAUUCAUUGACGUUAGUGUUGUGUACUGUAAAAUACAGAGCGAAUUUCAAGGGGACUGCAGUGUCUGCCUGUCAGUGGCGUCUGUGAAUGGACCUCUGCGUCUGACUGAGCCUCUCUCUGCCUUCCUGCA